AUGGAAGCAUCACCGGCUGCACGGCCGCAGCCGCUGCGAGAGCUACCUCAGACGCAAAACGACCGACAGACUAGCGACAACGCCUCGUCCGAGCCCUGUUACAUCGACGACGUCACCGCCACUGUCGCCGAGAAGGUGACGGCUGCCCCGGUGGUCGACCGCUUGGAGACGAUGACUACGGCGACCACGGUAAGGGCCGUCGACGGGAAUAAUCCGACUGCGAUGAGGGCCGCUGACGAGAGUAAUCCAACUGCGGUGACGGCCGCUGACGAAGAGCUCACUGAUGCAGCUGCUCCGGCGACGUUGCAAAUCACCACUGACGAGAAAGCUGUGGCCGCCGCAGCGCGAGUAUCCGAAGUUAUUGAAAAUGAAAUAAAUAAAGAAAAAGAAGUUAUCAUUAGCGUUACUUCACACAUGCAGAUAAAUAACGAUGAUAAAGAUACCAAGAAUACGAGUAAGAAACAGCAAAAACUUGAAAACAAUAAGAUUAUAGCAGAACAUGAAAAGAUGUGGCUUACUACCAAAGAAGCAAGUGCAAUUAGUGCCGAAGAUGUAGUGUCCAGAUUAAGAGUUGGUUUUAGGAGUGGAUUAUCUUGGAAAGAAUGUGAAUUUAGAAGACAGAUAACUGGAUACAAUGAAUUUUCAGUUCAUCAAGGAGAUCCAUUGUGGAAAAAAUAUAUUGAACAGUUCAGAAAUCCAUUAAUACUCCUUUUGCUAGCAUCAGCUGUUGUGAGUGUAUGUAUGAAACAAUUUGAUGAUGCCUUCAGUAUUACUACAGCUAUUAUCAUUGUUGUUACUGUGGCUUUUAUACAAGAAUAUAGGUCUGAAAAGUCAUUAGAAGCGUUGACAAAACUUGUACCACCUACAUGUCGAUGUCUACGAGAGGAACAAUUAGAAUCUAUGCUUGCAAGAUCGUUGGUACCUGGUGAUAUUGUUUAUUUGAGCACUGGUGAUAGAGUACCUGCUGAUAUUAGACUGUUUGAGGCCAUUGACUUAGCUAUUGACGAAAGUAGUUUUACUGGUGAAACUGAACCAUGUAUGAAAACCACAGAGUUAGUUUUGAAUCCUAUGAGUCAUACAUCAAUGAAAAACAUAGCAUUUAUGGGUACUUUAGUACGGUGUGGAAAUGGCAAAGGAGUUGUGGUAAAUACAGGAGAAAAAUCAGAAUUUGGUGAACUUUUCAAAUUAAUGCAAAGUGAAGAAGCACCUAAGACCCCUUUGCAAAAUAGCAUGGAUAUUCUGGGUACUCAGUUAUCAGUGUAUUCUUUCUUUAUUAUUGGUUUGAUAAUGAUGCUUGGAUGGAUUCAAGGCCGGCCUAUUUUAGAUAUGUUUACUAUUGGCGUCAGUUUGGCUGUAGCAGCUAUACCAGAAGGCUUACCCAUAGUUGUAACUGUGACUUUGGCACUUGGUGUAAUGCGUAUGGCUAAUAGAAAAGCUAUUGUGAAAAAAUUACCAACUGUUGAAACUUUAGGAUGCGUUAAUAUAAUAUGUUCUGAUAAAACUGGUACUAUAACCAAUAAUGAAAUGACUGUAACUACAAUUAUUACUUCAGAUGGAUAUUAUGCUGAUGUUUCCGGAACCGGUUACAAUGAUCAAGGUGAAGUUCAUUUACUUAAAUCUUUCUCUUCAGACCAAGCUAAACAAGCUAUAUAUAAUUUGUUAGAAGUUGGAGUUAUUUGUAACAAUGCAACUAUCAAUGGAGAUACAUUACAGGGACAGCCUACUGAAGGGGCUCUUUUAGCAGUUGCUAUGAAGAAUAGAAUGUAUGGUAUUAGUGAUAAAUACUUAAAACUUCAAGAAUAUCCAUUUAGUUCUGAACAAAAACUUAUGGCUGUGAAAUGUGUUAAUAAAUAUGAUGAUGUUAAAGAAGAAAUUUAUUUUGUCAAAGGUGCUUUAGAAAAAGUGUUGAAACAAUGUACAAAAUAUUCUAAUGGAAAUGAAAGACUAUUAUUGAGUAGUAAAAAAGAACAAGACAUAUUUACUGAAGCUUAUGAAAUCGGCAGAAAAGGCCUUCGAGUUAUUGCAUUAGCCAAAGGAGAUUCUUUACAAGAUUUGGUCUAUUUGGGAUUAGUUGGAAUUUGUGAUCCUCCAAAACCAUUUGUUAGAGAAUCCAUAGAACAGUUGUAUAAUUGUGGAGUUAAAGUAAAACUAGUCACUGGAGAUGCUCAAGAAACUGCAGUUGCUAUUGGAAGUAUGAUUGGCUUGGACAUGAUUCAUGGACAGACCAUGUCUGGUCAACAAAUUGAUAAUAUGUCUGACCAUCAACUAAAAGCAAUGGUAAACAAUGUAUCUGUUUUUUACCGUGUUACACCUCGCCACAAAUUAACAAUAAUCAAGGCAUUGCAAUCAAAUGGUAAUGUUGUUGGAAUGACAGGUGAUGGAGUUAAUGACAGUGUUGCAUUGAAAAAAGCUGACAUUGGGAUAGCUAUGGGUAAAAAUGGAACAGACGUAUGUAAAGAAGCAUCAGACAUGAUACUAGUGGAUGAUGAUUUUCAAACAAUUGUGGCAGCUAUUGAAGAAGGGAAAGGAAUAUUUUUCAACAUUCGAAAUUUCGUGAAAUUUCAACUUAGUACUAGUAUUGCCGCAUUAUCUUUAAUUGCUUUAGCAACCAUUUUUAGAAUACCAAAUCCAUUAAAUGCCAUGCAAAUACUAUGGAUUAAUAUUAUUAUGGAUGGACCACCUGCCCAAAGUCUUGCAGUUGAACCAGUUGAUAAAGAUGUUGUAAAACAAGGUCCUCGAAAUGUUAAAACACCGAUGAUAACAAAAACACUUGUGUUAAUGUUCUUUUUUCAGCAUCAAUUAUAA